CUGGACUCAGGCCGAUGCUGAGGCGCAGUGCGCAUGUGCUGCGCAAUGAUUUAGGGUCUGCUGGUUGCCAUCAAAACAGUAACGACGUUGUUCAAUUCUGUUGGCCCCAGCACAGCUGCAAGCUUUUGUGACAAGAGUUUGUCAAAGUGCUGGAUUAGCAGGGACCUGCUGGCUACGACGGCAGUGCAAUUCCCAGGCGGUUCUUUAAGCUGUUCAUGUGCACAACCAUAUUUGCAGCUCAAAACUUAGCCGUAUCUUUCAAAGAUUGCCAGUCUGCCAGCCUCCAUAAGUCUCCCUUGAUUGCUUUUCCUCUCCAGAUGCUUUGAAUCGUUUAGAAGUUCUCUGGGAGGUCUCCAAUGUCGGGGGCGUCCGAUGGCGCGUCUGGUUCUGGCAUGGCUGCUGAGAUUGGGAAGCUGCUCCAAUCCCCCCGCAUGUGCCAGGGCGCUCCAGUUGUCAUGUUCACAGGUAUGGGUGGGAACCGGCUGUAUGGACUCUUUCUGGAAGAAGGGCUGCUAAAGCUGCACCUGCGCCUGAUCUGUGUGGAUCGACCAGGGAGGGGCAAGACGACGCCGGUCGUCCCGGAGAAUUUGAAUGUGCUAAAUUUUGCAGACUGUGUGCUUGAGCUGCUGGACCGGCUGAACAUCGAGAAAUUCGGUCUUAUGGGCCACUCGUGCGGCUGCUUAUUUGCGGCUGGCUUGGCGGUGCGCGCCCCGGAGCGGGUGCGGGGCCGCAUGGUGCUCCUGGCGCCCUGGAACCUGGUCAGCUGCCCGGCCGUGCGUUGGAAGCUGAAGAUGUUGCACCAUCUUCCCGGGGGGCUCGUCGCGUACGGCAGCUCCCUGAUGGCCGCCAUGGUCGGCAGGUCUGCCGAGGCCGGGUUCCAAGAUGCUUACGGCCGGAAGUUCACACGAGAUCUGAGCGACCCGGAGCGGGCGUGCGUCUCCUCGCCGCGAGGGGCGGAGCUACACAAGCAGGCCAUGUUAAUCACUAUGGCUGAGGAUGGCAAGACGGCCAUGACCAACGACAUGCUGUUGUCUUUGGAAGUGUACCGGUCGAGCGACGUACACUACGAAGACGUCAGCAUCCCGGUAAUCGUCUACCAUGGUGACAAAGAUAAUGAGGUUCCACACACGUGUGCGACGUGGAUGAGGGACGUAAUGCCACGUUGCGAAGUGUUGAUCAAGCCGGGGGCGACCCACAGCAUACUGCUCGAUAUGGCAUUCAUGACCGACGUUGUACUUCCAAAUUUCUGUUCAGAGUAAGCCUUGGAUGGUCGAGUAUAGCUAGCGCGUUUCCUUCGUUUGGAUCCAGCCUUUCGGUUGGAAGAUAAGGUGCUAGAUCAGUUUACCGUGACAGAGAUCAGUAUCGUCCUUGCAUGACGACUAGAAAGAUCAUUCAUAUGUUAGCAGUCAUUACAUGGUAGAAGUAGAUCGUUGAGAUCAGAUCAUUCAUGGACGCUCGCAAGGAUCGACACCCGUACAAAAGCAUUCAAACAUACAGAACAUUCGAAGCAAUGGUUCAAUUUGCAAGUUUGUUUUGGGAACGGCAAUUGUGUGCUUUCGCUGUGGCCGCCAGCCAGCGUCAGUUGAGGCAGUUAUACACGCGCGCGCCGAUCUCAGUCAAACUCAGAUUCGAACAAAGAG